AUGCCUUCCGCACAGCUGUCACUCAUCGCCGCCAUGCUGGCAUCGGCCGCGAGUGCCCACGUCGUCCUCGAGAACCCGAGGCCCUUCAAAUUCGUCGCCGACGGUCCCACCAACCCCGUCUCUUCCACCGGCGAUGAUUUCCCUUGCAAAGUCCCUGCCGGCGCCUCCUACAUCAUUGACGGCGAACGAACUGUCUAUGCCAUUGGUGAUCCGCAAAUCGCCACUUUCAAAGGCCAGGCUGUCCAUGGCGGCGGCAGCUGCCAGUUCGCACUCAGCGCCGACACUGCGCCGACCAAGAGUUCGACUUGGAUGGUCAUUCACUCGAUCGAGGGCGGUUGCCCGGCUCGUAACCAAAAGGGAAACCUCGAGGGCCCAAACAAAGAUGAGUACUCUUUCAUUGUACCUGAAGGCAUUGCGCCUGGUGACUACACAUUUGCGUGGACAUGGCAGGCGCGAGUGGGCGGUCAACCCGAGUACUACAUGAACUGCGCUCCGAUCACGGUAGUUCCGGCUAAGAAGAAGCGCGCGGCGUGGGUUGAUCGCCGCAUGUCGCUCGCCAAGCGUGUUGUGUUUCCUGAGUUGUUUAUGGCUAACAUGGGUGAUGUGUCCGGGGGUUGUACCACAUCGGAGGCGCUUAACGCUCAGAUCCCGAUCAAGUACCCGAACGCGGGCACAUCUGUUGACCACCCUGAGGGCACUGCUAACUUGUUCCAGCAGCCGUGUGACGGAAACCCCCGGGCCGGUGCCGGCGGUGCCGCCGGCGGCGGGGCUCCCGGUAAUGGAGCCGAGCCUUCUGCCGCCAGCAGUGCUACUGAGCCCGGGGUUUCAACUUCCAGAGUUGAAGAGGCGCCUGCAUCGAGCUCUACUGCGUCUGUUCCUGCAGAGAGCUCAGCUAGCUCUGCAGUCACCAUUGAGCCGCCUGUUACUUCUUCGACUAGUCAGCCUGAACAGCCGCCGGCCAGUACCGUUGCGCCUGAAGUCCCUGUCACGUGCCCAGUCCCUUCGAUUCCGACUGUAGAGGUUACUGUCACUGUGACGGCUACAAUUACCGCCAACAUUCCUGUCGCUUCGGACGUUCCCGCCACUCCCUCAUCUGCGCCGGUUGCUUGUACUGAGGGUUACCUUACUUGUUUGCCUGAUGAGACUCACUUUGCGACUUGCACUGGCGGCAAGUUGACUGGUCCGCAGCCAAUUGCUCCUGGGUUCAAGUGCCGCGCUGGAGAGGGCCAGGGCUUGGAUAUCUCACCGCUUUAG